AUGGCAGCUGAGAAUGAGACCACUUUACGACACGCUGGAUCAAAUUUUCUCGAACCCUAUCUCCCAAAAUAUGACGAGAGACGUCAGUUUCCGCACGUUACUUUGUCAUAUGCAUCAUCCAUGGAUUCCAAAAUAUCACUGCUCCCAGGAAUGCAGACAGUGCUUUCUGGGCCGGAGGCAAAAUUGAUGACGCAUUACCUAAGGUCACGCCAUGAUGCUAUUUUGAUAGGUGUCGGGACUGUGCUGGCUGAUAACCCGGGCUUGAAUUGUAGGCUGGAAGGUGCAGGAGGGUUUGGCGGUCUUGGGCGAAUGUGGCAACCGCGGCCGGUCAUAAUCGACCCGACAGGGCGAUGGCCCGUUCAUCCCGAAUGCAGAAUGCUGCGGACAGCGGUUGAAGGGAAAGGCAAGGCACCAUGGGUGGUUGUAUCACCAGGGGCCCAAAUCCACCCUCAGAAAUUGAUGAUGCUGAAAGGGUACGGAGGUGACUUUCUCCGAAUUGUGGAGUAUAAUCAAAAUUGGCGUUUGCGCUGGGAAGCCAUUUUACGCGCCUUGGCGUCGGAGGGGGUCAAAAGUGUGAUGAUUGAAGGUGGUGGGACUGUGUUGAGCGAGCUGUUGAACCCCGAAUAUACGGAAUUUAUUGACUCUAUCAUUGUAACUGUCGCGCCGACAUAUCUGGGCAGUGGCGGGGUGCCAGUAAGUCCGGAUUCAAAGCGUGAUGAACAAGGAAAGCCCAAUGCUGCCCUCAACCCGAGGGAGGUGAAAUGGGUGCCGCUCGGGCAAAAUGUUAUAAUGUGUGGAAGAAUCCGUGCUGUGACCACUAUCCAAGCUGUUGAAUCCAAUACUCACAGCCCAGGGUCGUGA